AGCCCCUCGAUGGAGACGGCGGAAGUACAGCGCCGGUCGCGGCCCCGGGCGAACAGGCGAGCAGUUCGUCAGAGAAGAGUUUGCCGCGAAGGCGUAAAGACCGUCUGCGAGCGAAAUAGGCAAGUUCGAAGUACAGGACCAAGGCCACAAGGCCCACAAGGCGGCCAGGCGAGCGGACAGGAGGCCAACACUACGACCCCGCCCAGGACCGCAGCCCCGUGGAAGCGCCCUGCCCGCCACCAUGACCCCGGUGCUGCUGCUCGCGCUGCACGCCCUGCUGCAGCUGGCGGUGGCCCAGGACUACUGCAGGCUGCCGGCGUGCCCCGGCGGCAGCCACACGGCCUGCAAGUUCAAGCCCGGCGCGCGGCCCGCCGGGAAGUGCUCCAGGAACGCCGUCGGCAUGACGGACGCCGACAGGGACGCCGUCCUCAGCCUGCACAACAAGCUGAGGGGGCAGCUCGCCGCCGGCCAGUUGGACGGCUUCGCCAGCGCAGCGGACAUGCAAACGCUCAAGUGGGACACGGAGCUCGAGACAGUCGCUCAGGUUUGGGCGGACCAGUGUGACUACGGGCACGACCAGUGUCGGCACGUUGGGCGCUUCUGGGUGGGCCAGAACAUAGCGAUGACGGGCCGGUCCAAUGGGUACACCCCCGAGCUCCCCAGGAAAGUGAUGAUGUGGUGGGACGAGUACAAGCUGUACCGAUACAAGGACGGCACCUUCGUGUUUCACAACGACACGGGCCACUUCACGCAGAUGGCGUGGGCCAAGAGCAACCUGCUGGGUUGCGGCCGGUCCACAUAUGUCGACAAGGGGUUCACUAACGAGUACUUGGUGUGCAACUACGGUCCCGCGGGAAACGUCCAGGGCCAGAAAAUGUACACUGCUGCGGCGGGCCACGGGUAGAGGGACACGACAGCCGUCAACUCGAGGUCCUGAGCGCUGCGCUGGGAUUGGCUCGACGCUGCGCCCGUUUGGCCGGGCGCCGGGCGGAUGUGCCGCACGGAAAAAAUCCAUACACUGCAGUCGAAGUUCAUGAACUUCGGCCGAAGUUUAUUGAAGUUCACCGAAGUUCACGGAGGUGAAUCUUUAAUAAACCAAUGAGAGAUAUUGUGAUUUUUGGUUGAAGUUUGGUCGAAGUCUAUCAUGAGUCCAUCGAAGUUUAUCGAAAUUCGUCGAAGUUCGCCUAGAUCAUUGAGGUUCGGCAAAGUUCAGCAAAGUUCGCCGAAGUUAAAAUGCACAUACACAGAACUUCAAGCCUAUUUCAUCCCUUAGACACUACAGCCUCAAACAUGGUGAAGCACCCGCUGAGCUGAAAGUGAUACACUGAUUGCAUGUCCUGUCCGGACACGCUCCAUCCUUUAUGGGAUCAUCCAGAUAGUACGUCCUUCAUUCGCCGCUACGAGCCUGCCAUGUUCAGGUCAGGUUCUGCAAGCUCGCAUAGCGCCUGUAGAUAGGCAAAAUCUUGUCCGCAGUGCAUGCAAGUUCUGCGGGCUGGCCUACCCUGAGUCUCGCAGGCGCCAAGUAGCCAUUACUUGCCAAAUGAAUCUUAUUAAAACGGAAGUACUUUCUAGACAAUCCCCGCCAUCGCCGAUCCAGAAGCAGGUAGGCGACCCAGGUUGCCGGCCGACUGUUUUGCUGACUAACUACGCGGCAUAUGCAAUUGCAUAUUGAUUGCAUACCUGUCAGUAUUAGAGUAGCACAGUAGAGUUUCUUUCAGUAAAAACCUUUCUAAAAGCA